GAGUAUCUGUUCUUAUUAGUGAUUGAAUUCGAACAUUCACGAGUUGACAACUUCAUCUUCAAAAAUCAGUGACGAUUGGAUGAACAAAUUUCAAGUUGACGAUGAGAAAGAUCAUAGAGAAGAAGAAAAACAUUAUUUCCUCCAAUUUGAACACCUCUCAAAUCUUACAAAAUCAUUGCAUCGAGCACAGACAGCACAGAUAAUGGCAAUCAAUACAAAACGGAUACACACAGCCUCGCUGCUUCUCCUAUUUUGCAUCGGCUUCCAAUCAUGGUCACUGGUCGCGAGCUUCGAAAGUCCCAACGCAUUUCGCAGCCGUCACAACGGUCACCGUCUGAUAGAGCUAUCUGUUGCACCUCGCCAGCCCGAUUCUAGUUUGUGGAGCACGGCGAGCGACGACGGCGAUAGCAUGCGACGAAUGCURGAAGARUCCUGGAACACGAGCAAGAUGGGAAGGGUCCCAGCCGACCCCGAGGCCGCAGCAAAGGAAGCCCACGCGUCGAUCUUGCGGGCGGCGGGAGCAAACGCCGCGGCGGACGACGACCUGGUGGAAAGCGAUGGCAUGUCCGGUAUAUUCUUCRUAGAUCUUCUUCUUCCGGCCUACGAUAUAUCUCUGAAACAAGACGGCGUAAAUCUGUACGAUGAGGUUGUUGCCGUGGAAUAUUGUAUAGCCCUUGCCAAUUGCUUCAAAGGAAAAACAGAAAUCGUGGUUAGAGACGACAUGACAGUUGGAACKGUCACAAAAGUACUACAAGCUCGUGAGGAGAGUGAGCGGGAAGAACAAAGAAAAGCGGAARAAAGGGAGAGAGAAGAAAAAGAAAGAGAGAGACUACUAGAGGAWCAAGAAAAAGAGAAUUUUGCAAAAAUAACCGAUGGUGAUUUUGUCUUUGGGCAGGAAGAUUCCGACGACGACGACGAUGAAGACGAAGAGACAGACGGUGUUGGGGACAAACUUUCCAAUGAUGAUGCCACUUCCGACAGCGACGACUUUCGACAAAAACUCCUGGCAAAUUGGAACGAUCCAUCGGGCACCGCCGCUAAGGAAAUUACAUACACCGCCGCGCCUUCCGAACCGGAAUCUGCGACURAAGAUUCAGCUGUUCGAAUAUCCAGACCAUAUCGAAUCGCGAGUCUCUUUGGCAACGCUAGGGUCAUUGAGGGACCAGACAUGCCAUCGGUGGUGGUAGGUGCCGUUCGGGCGAAUGCUCUGCCCGCUGACGACGAAGACAACAUCGUCAUUCUCAACGCCAGGGGCAACGACGAAAUGGUGGCCGUGCGGGCUCUGGCCACGAAAUACGGCWCCCAGAAGAAAAUCAUCCUAGUGAAUUGCCAGUUCCGACCCGUUCCGAAAGAACUCCUGGGAGCGGAGACGGUGUACAGCGUGCUGCCACUGGCCGGAAAGAAAAAAGGCGAGGACACGAGCKCAUCGGGUAGCGGCGGCGACGAGACACCCGCACCCAAGAUCGUUGURCUGCGCCGCUAUCCAAAGGACUGGGAAGUGUUCGUCGAUGUCGGGAUUGGGUACGAGCUCGCGGAAAGCGUGCCAGUAAACAGUCAAAACAAAAGGGGAUUGCCCAUGGAGUUCAUCGCGAGAGCCGUCACGAGGCACCUCGAAUACGUCGCGAGAAGAUAGACGAACGGAUGAACACAACUACAAAAGUUCGAAACACCCAUUGAAUUUUUUCUAUGAUAGAUCUAAACUUUAAAUUUCGUAA